GCAUUAAUAAUAAUUGAAAAUGACUAAUAUAAAUGUCUCCGAUCCAUUCAUCAAUAACUCAGAGUCCCAACCAUUUUUACCUCCAAAAAUUGAGGAACCUGAAAAGUCGAAGAAAACAAUCUUUGGACAAGAAGUUGAAUUUGAAUGUACAACGAGCAAAUGCCUAGACAUCACAAAAUCUUACUUUCCGAUUUUGAGUUGGCUCCCAAAGUACAAAUUAAACUGGUUGCAAUGUGAUAUCAUCGCUGGAUUAACUGUUGGAUUGACUGUGAUACCACAGGGACUUGCUUAUGCUCAAAUAGCUGGUUUACCUGUCCAAUAUGGUCUCUAUAGUGCUUUCAUGGGUGGAUUUGUGUAUUGUAUAUUUGGCACGAGCAAAGAUAUAACGCUUGGACCAACAGCAAUCAUGUCAUUGCUAGUGCACACUUAUGGUGAUGGAGAUCCUGUUCAGGCUGUUUUGCUGACCUUUCUAGCAGGCGUAGUUCAAUUUGCAAUGGGGAUAUUACGUCUAGGAUUCAUUAUGCGUUUCAUUUCUACCCCUGUAAUCAGUGGAUUCACUUCAGCGGCCGCAAUAACAAUUGCUCUUGGCCAGUUCAAGCAUAUAUUUGGAGUGAAAACAACUUCUAGUAGCUUUGUUCCUCAACUUAUCGAAAUGCUGAAAGCCCUUGGGGAUACUAAUGUAUGGGAUGUUGUAAUGGGUCUCAGCUGUAUUGCAUGCCUGGUGUUACUGCGUUAUAUAAAAGAUUGGAUUGAGCCAGACUCCCCAGAUGAUACUAUUUGUCAAAAAAUAUCAAAAAAAUUCGUUUGGGUUAUAAGCACAGCAAGAAAUGCUGUUGUGGUCAUAUCAGCUGCAUUUGUAGCUUAUGCAAUCCACUCUCAAGAUAUCACAUCAUGUAAAGUUGAAGACUGUGUUACCCUCACUGGAAAAAUUGAUGAAGGGUUGCCAGAUUUUAAGCCACCGGAAUUCAAUGAAGUCAAUGGAAACACUACAGUAACGACAAAGGAGCUUGUAAGCAGAAUAGGUGACGGCAUGUUCGUGAUUCCGUUAAUGGGACUCCUUGAAAGUAUCGCUAUUGGGAAAGCUUUUGCGAGAAAAAACAACUAUAUACUGGAGACUAAUCAAGAAAUGAUAGCUAUCGGUGCUUCUAACAUCCUCAGCUCAUUUGUAUCAUCAUAUUGUGUUACUGGAAGUUUUUCUCGAACGGCUAUCAAUGCUCAAAGUAAUGUUAAAACCCCUGCUGGUGGGAUCUUCACCGGAGCGCUUGUGAUUUUAAGCCUUGCGGUCCUGACGCCUUCAUUCUACUAUAUCCCCAAAGCUGCACUCGCUGCCGUAAUUAUCUCCGCUGUUAUUUAUAUGGUUGAUUAUGCUACUGUAGUUACUUUAUGGAAAGUCAAAAAGAUUGACCUGUUACCAUUAAUUGCAACUUUUCUUGUGUGUUUCUGGCAAAUUCCUUACGGAAUCCUCGCUGGAGUUGCAGUCUCGCUUCUAAUCAUGUUAUAUCCAAAUGCUUUCCCGGGAAUCCCAUACAAAACCAUCACAAAUCGUGAUUCUGGAACUAAUGUCAUUGUAACCCCUGAAGCGGGUCUACACUACCCAGCUGCGGAAUAUGUAACUGAUAAGAUAAGGCAUCUUAUCUUCAAAAAGAUAAGCGAUCAAGAUAUAUCAACGAUUACUAUAGAUGCAUCAAAUCUAUCUCAUCUAGAUUACACUGCAAUUCAGAGCUUUAUAGAACUUGCUGAAGAGUUUAACAAACACGAUAUUAAAAUGACAUUCAUUAAUCUCAGUACAGAUAUGAUGGAUUCACUACAAAAAGCUGACCCAACUUCGAUCAUUAUAUUUGACAGUGAUAUUGAUGAUUCAAGCAGUUAAAAAUGUUCAUGUGUGGUAACUUGUUAUCAACAGCUGCUUUAAAAAUGUCUCACACUUAUCCUGAUUGUAUGGCAUUCUAAGCUUCUGCGAAAGCACAACAUUUAUCCCCAGAAUGUCCUAGCGUGAAUCUCACUUCAUAUGCUCACGUUAAACAUUUUCCCAACAAUAUACUCGGACACAACACUGAUUGACUAGCAAUAAUGGUAAGUCUAUACAGCAAGAAAAAACCUUAAAAAUUUUUGUAUAUAUUGUUCAUAAUGGAAGACCUUCUGAAUAUAGACAUGUGCUUGUUGUAUAUUCUCUGUACUGGCAAGUGUACUGGCAUACUCAUGAAUCACAGCAUUUUUUAUUACUUUACGCAACCUCUUAGUACCUUUUAAUACUGACCAACACUCCACCUGGUAAAGUAUCUUAGCCCUGAACAAAGUUUUAGACAGACAUCUGCUUAUGUGAUAGAUAUUCUAUUUCUGGAGGAAUUAGAAUCUGUAUGGUUCAUCACAAAUAUCUGGAUAACUAAUCACAUACCUGACAUUGACUGGUAACCAGACCAGAUUGGUUCACCAUAUCUCUAGAAUAAUAUGCAAAUCUCAUCCUACUGUACUGUACCUACUGGUUCAUAUUAAUUUUAGUACAUAGUAGACAAGUUGAUUGGCACGAGGUUUGCACCCAAAACCUUUAUUCAUUGAUACCGCAUGACGACCACACUAAUCAUAGGAUUUGUCCAUAUCUGCAUAAAUUUCAAUAUACGGUCAUAGUCAUUUAUCAUUGUGUACCAAGAGUCAUUUCUGUAUUGGUAAGCUUUUUUCGGUAAAUUUCAUUGAUAAUCUGUAUCAAGUAUUUACUGUGUAUGUUCUAUUUAAUCUGUAUUAUUCUUUCAACAUUAUAUUGGUAUUCAUUUAUUUAUUAUUAGCAUAUUACAUUAUUUUUGAUUUUCAAUACUCUUUAUAUUACAUUAGUACUUGACUAUGCUUGACAAAUGCCAUCAAAUAAUUGUGAUAGUUCAGUUUAAUUUAUGCUGUAGCAAGUGAUGAGAUUCAUAAUUUUAUGAACAGGUCUAUAGGGUGUUCAUAAAGUCUUGAAGUUUUCAAAAUUGCGAAGGGAAUUCAUCGAUACGGAUACCAUAUAUUGUUUUGGCCUUCGCAGAUGUAAUAAAUGAA